AUGAGUGUGAAUGGUCGGCGAUGGAGUCUGAAGGUCAAUCAGGAUGAUUGGUUACGAUCUGGAAAAAAGGAGUCAUCAGGUCUGAAUUUAGUUUCAGAGCAAAAGGUCUUCUGGGAGUUAACGCAUCGUGGAAAGAGAAUUCUGUGGAAUCAAUUGUUGGAAUGGAAAUACAAGUUCCCAAAAGGUGAGUGGAUAAUUGGAGGCGACUUCAAUGCAAUUAAGGUGGGGGUUGAGAGAGUUAGGAGGGUGCGGGCUAAUAGAUUAGAAAUGGAGGAGUUCUCAAGAGUCAUAGAACUAUUGGAGGUGGUUGAUUUACCAGUUGUUGGGAAUAAGUUCACAUGGAUAAACUCAAAUGGCAAAUUAAAAAGCAGAAUCGACAGGAUCCUAUUAUCGGAAGGUAUCAUUAAUUUGUGGAAGAUUGUCGCCCAGGUGACGGGAAAUAGAGACAUUUCAGACCACAGGCCUGUGUGGAUAAAAGCUUGUAAUAAAUACUGGGGAGCAAAACCUUUUAAAGUAUUCAACUGCUGCUAUGAACACCCUGAUUUUGAAAAUUUUGUGAAGGAGGUAUGGAGCUCGCAACAAAUCACGGGUACGAGAGCCUUUGUCUUAAAAGAAAAUAUCAAACACCUUAGGGAAAGGCUGAGAUGGUGGAAUCAAAGGGUUUUUGGUUGGCUGGAUUUGAGAAUUGAGGAGGAUGUUGAAAAACUAAAUGAAUUGGAAGAGGAACAUGUAUCUAACACAAUACAAGGGAAUGAUGAGGCUUACAGCAGAAGGAAGGAUAUUCAGCAUAACAUCUGGAAAAAUCUGCAUUACAAAGAGAGUGUGCUAAAAUAG